CCAAUUUUUUCUGGGUCUGUUCCAACUGGCUUCGAUUUUUGGGCCUUUCUCUCUCCCUUCACUGAAAAGGGCUAUUAUUUUAUCUCGUGUUUUAUUUCAUUAUUAUUAUUAUAUUUUUAUUUUAUUUUUCCCUUUGCUUUCCCUUAUCCAUACAUACACCCACCCCUCCACCCUCCCCUUCUUUUUUUUUGCCCUUGACCCUCUUUUCUCCCUUUUCGAAUAACGAUUUUUUUUUACCCUUUUUUUUUUCUUUACCCAUUCAUACAUACAUACACAUUCCCACCUCCUCUUUUCUCCCACUCCGUCUUGGUUCGCACUAUUCAAUGCCAACCAUAUCCUCCGCUUCUCUCGACCAAGGCUCUCCUCCUUCCUCUCACCUUCUUUACUCUCAACCUCCCCGAUCUUUUGCUGUUCCUAUCCCGGUCUCUUCCUCCCCGGUUGAAAGUCGUCCUCGUACUGCUUCCGCUCCCUCUCUUCAGCACAACUCCGCACCCUCCGCUGUUGUCGCCCCCUCCCAGCCCACGGCUACUACCACCAACCCAAUCAGCUUUACAGGCUCAGUCAUUGGAUCUAUCUCUCGUCGCAAUCGCCGGUCCUUCGCUGCACUAGCUCGUGAGAAGACCUCAAACGCUCUCGCCAAUCUCUCCGCCAUUGGAGGCCCGAAUUACCCCCUCCGCUCCUCCGCCUCAUCGGGAAGUCUGUCCAAGCAUUCGCGGAAGGCCUCGCAGGUCAGCAUCAGCGAAGUGCUCAGUGCCACGCCGUUGACUCCGCCAUUGUCCGACGGUAGCGCCAGUAGUGAACGGUCGAGCCCUGCGCCCAUUGACGCCGCUACUAACCGUUGUGUCCCCGCUGUGGUUGAACAGCAGACUAAUUCUGUUGAGAGGCGCCGUUACACUCUUCAGCGUGCCCCGUCCCCUCUUGAGCAACUGCCCGAACUCGGACCUUCUGUGUCCCCCGCCAAGAUGCAUCAAACCUCGUCGCGUUUGUUGCGUAUGACGGAAGAUGAUCGUCCAUUCACAAAGGAUUUCAUGGACCUUUUCUCGACAUUGAUGGUCAGCUUGAAGUUGGAUUCGCAUCGUGUACGAUUUACGAAAUAUGACCACUCGUUCACCUCGGAAGAAGCAAUCAACAAUCUUGGAUCCCUCAAGUUCUCCCAAUCGAAUCGCAUGCCCGACCCGAAAGACCCCUCUCGUAUCGUCACCACGACCACGACCACGACUUUUUCCAUGGCCAAGGAAAUGGCUCGCUCGGUCUGCCAACGGUUUGUCGACGCCCGCUUUAUCGAGUCUGUGGAUGGCAAGGCGGCACAAAUAUUCCCGUUGAAGGGCGCGUUGUACCAGCUUACCCCGAAGGGCAUCAAUAUCCUGCAAAGAUUCUGCCAGAGGAACGGUAUUACUGCUCGCCAUGUGAUUGACGUUUUGGAGUCGCCCCGCAACACAAUGCAAUUGGUCAACCUGGAGCGCGAUACCGAGACCGACAAGCUGUCACACGAUCGAGCAACUAUUGAAGUUAUCUUCCGCCGCUUCGCGGGGCAGGAUGGUCCUAAUGUGAAGAGCAGCAUUUCCACGUCGGAUUCGGACUCUUUGAGUGAUUAUUCGAACGGUUUGGUCGGCGUGAAGAUGGCCAAGGAGCGCAAGAUCAAUGACAAAACCUUCGUCAACACGUUUACCGGCAAGGCCGCGGUUGAUUGGUUGAUGGACUGUUCGACCACGAUCGAGCGCCGCGAGACGGUUUUGAUUGCCGAGCUUUUCGUCAAGUACGGUUUGAUCACGAUGUUGCAGGAAGACCGUUUUAUCAACCAACCAGACGACUCGAUAGUUGCUUUCCAGCCUUCGAAGAACGCGAUCUACGGAAUGACGGAUCGGGGCCAGAGAGUUUGCGGUUGGAUCGCACGGGACAAGUCUCGUGAAACUACCAUGUACGACAAUCGGGGUAUCCCGAAGGAUUCCAACAAUGCCCGUUUGAACCACAUCCUUCACGACCCUGCCCUGCGACUUUUGUUCCGCGAAUUCCUUCGCUUCUCGCUCUGUGAGGAGAAUUUGGCGUUCUACAUCGACGUGUCGGAAUUCACGUCGGCCUACCACAAGGCUGAGAAACUGGGCACGUUCAGGAAGCCGGAUUCUGUCCGCGAGACCCUUGCGGCGGCAUACGGUCUCUACAACGCGUUCCUCGCGCCUGGAUCUCCUUGUGAACUGAACAUCGACCACGCGCUGCGCAACAGCCUGGCCAGUCGCAUGACCAAGGCUGUAGGCGAUGAUGAAUCGAUGUUGAAGAGUCUCCAGGAGGUGGUGCAUCUGUUCGAGAUGGCUCAGACCUCGGUCUUCAAGCUCAUGUCAAGUGACUCCGUUCCCAAGUUCCUGCGCGAUCCCAAGUGUGCGAGCAUCCUCCAGGAGCAUGAUGUGGACUUGAUUGGCGCCCCAAGGGCUUACUCGCCCACUUCUGCCCCAGUCCCGGAGCGCUCGGCGAGCCGCUCAGCCCGAUCAUGAUAGGGGCACCAUGUGUGUCAUGCAGGGAUCCGAAUCCUGACCGAGCAGGCCUUGACCUUGAUGAUUACUAAAGGAUCUGACGGCACGUGGCUCGCUCUCGGACUUCACCGAUCAAAGAUGAAACACACCAUACUGCGCAGCGCGGUGCUAAUUAACGGAACGAUUUGAACAUGAUUUGGCUUGCUCUGACUCGCCCCGCCUAAUGUCGACGAGGCCCGGCCUAGCCAGCAACCCCCACCAAAAGUUUGGAACCCUCCCAAACUCC